AUGACUUCCCAAAACUUGUUUUCAACACCCGAGGCGAAGUAUAGCGCUGUUAGGGACCGAAACCCUUCUGCAGAAGGAUCUUUCGUGUACGCCGUAAAGACUACCGGAAUUGUGUGUAGGCCAACAUGUUCCGCAAGAUUAGCUCUGUUUAAGCAUGUCACUUUCUUUGAAUCAAUGCAGCAGGCUAUAAAUGCUGGCUUCCGUCCAUGUCGGAAAUGUAAACCAGAAAUACAGCUGCAUUGGAACAGACAUCGGAAACUGGUCAUCGCUUUGAUAGCUCAUUUCCAUGGGUUGCAAGCUGCUGGAAUGACUGCUGGUGAUUUCAGACUCGCAGACCUUGCUGGAAAGUCACAGAUUUCAAAAUGGCAGCUCAUAAAGAUUUUUAAGAGAUACACAGGUACUACGCCAAUGAGGUACUACGAAGAGCUACUUAAGGGGAGCAAUGCCAUUAGCGAACAAGAUAUUCCCCUGGUCGUGACCAAAAAACGUCAAAUGAAGAAGGAGAAAUUGGGUUCAAUGAGUGAAAUUGAGUGCACUAGCCCCCAUGCAACGGAAACUGAGAAGGUUGCGGAAUUUUCCGCACAUCCACAUGGUGCUCAGAAUGAUGACUGGAUUGCUGAGUUUUUGAGAGUCUAA